AUGGUGGGAAAUAAACGCCUGCUCCUGUUGACCAAUAGUGACUUCGGUCAAGCCAAUGUAGUCCUCGCUACUGCUCACGAACUCGGUCUUGCCUGCCAAGAUGUCGAAAUCCAUAUUGCUUCAUUUCAAGACCUAAGAGGCGGAAUUGAGGGAACGAGCUGGGGACCGGCUACCAAACGUCCAGAAACGGCAAUCUUCGAGACGCUCGAGCUAACUCCAGGACCCCUAAACUCGGCAAAAGGCAUCGCUAUUCUUCCGGCUGUCAUGAUCCCUUGGAGUCCGAAAGAGUUUCUCGAUAUCUACAAGGAAACAGGACGAGUAUUUGAUGAAGCCAAGCCUGAUCUGACCAUCGUCGAACCGCUAUUCACCCAAGGCUUAACCUAUUGCCACUACCGAAGUGGUGUCAGAUGGAUGGUCCUUUCGCCGAAUACAAUUAAAGAAUUUGCCGUUCUGCUGCAGCCAAAGCUAGCCGCUCUGUGGAAGUAUCCAAUGCAAGUUAUGUUUCUAAAUCGGCAAGUGCGCUUUUAUGCUAACAUAACUAAAUAUGUACUUUUCAUGGCUGGAUACACUCUGCUUACUGACACUAGGCUAAAAACGACUACCGAGAUACUUCACAAAGAGAUUGAUCCAUCCAUAGCCUUAAUGACCAUGGUGGAGCUAGGUGUUUUGAAGCCCGCGCCGCCAGGUCUGCCAAUCCUUGUCGCCAGCAGUCCUGAUAUAGACUACCCGUUCAGUAUCGUACCUCCACAGCUCACAUUGUGCGGUCCCAUCAUAUAA